GUAAGCAAGGCUUGAGGCUUGCUCUCACCUUCCUCAGCAGCCCUCCUCAAUCUUCUCCAAACUCCCGUCCUCAGGCCACACAGAUUCUCCUCAAGAAAGCCCUGUCAGGACAUUCGUAAAAUGUCACUGCCUUCAGGAAACACCAUGGGUCACACUGAUCAAGCUGUUCAAAGAAGAGCAAGAUCUGGGGAUAUUUACCAAAGGAGAUUUAGCAGUAGGUCUGAACCAGUCAAUCCUGGCAUGCAUUCUUCAUCCCAUCAGCAGCAAGAUGGAGGUGCAGCAAUGCAUCGUGCCCACAUGGACUCUCCAGUAAGAUACACUCCCUAUGCUAUUUCACCCUAUAAUCGGAAAGGCAGUUUUCGUAAACAAGACCAAACCCAUAUUAACAUGGAGAGAGAGCAAAAACCUCCAGAGAGAAGAAUGGAGGGGAACAUGCCAGAUGUGACCUUAGGGAGCUGGUUCAAGAUCACAGUUCCCUUCGGCAUAAAAUACAAUGAGAAGUGGCUGCUGAAUUUGAUUCGGAAAGAAUGCAGUGUACCCUUCGUCCCAGUUGAGUUUCACUAUGAAAACAUGCAUGCCAGCUUCUUUGUGGAGAAUGCCAGCAUCGCCUAUGCACUGAAGAAUGUCAGUGGCAAGAUUUUGGAUGAGGAUAAUGAAAAGAUAUCAAUCUUUGUCAACCCUGCUGGUAUACCCCACUUUGUGCAGAGGGAGCUGAAGUCAGAAAAGGUGGAGCAGAUAAAGCUGGCCAUGAACCAACAGUGUGAUGUCUCCCAGGAAGCUCUUGAUGUCCAGAGACUCCCAUUUUACCCAGACAUGAUGAGCCGUGAUACUAAAAUGGCAUCGAAUCCUAGAAAGUGCAUGGCUGCCUCCUUGCAAGUCCAUGAAGAGAACAUACCUACGGUGAUGUCUGCAGCGGAGAUGGACAAGUGGGAAGGGAUGGAGCCAGGAGAGAAGUGUGCGGACAGAAGCCCAAUGUGCACGACCUUCUCAGAUAACUCCAGCAACAUAAACUCCAUCCUGGAAUUGUUCCCCAAAUUAUUAUGCCUGGAUGGCCAGCAGUCACCCAGAGCAACUCUGUGUGGUACUGAAGCACACAAGAGGUUACCAACCUAUAAGGGAAGCUUCUUUGGAUCUGAGAUGUUGAAGAAUCUGGUCCUGCAAUUCCUACAGCAGUAUUACUUGAUCUAUGACUCUGGAGAUCGACAGGGUCUCCUUAGUGCUUACCACGAUGAGGCCUGCUUCUCCCUGAGCAUUCCCUUCAAUCCUGAGGACUCAGCCCCGAGCAGCUUGUGCAAGUACUUCAAGGAGAGCAGGAAUAUAAAAAUGCUCAAAGACCCCUACCUGCGGGGGGAGCUGCUGAAGCACACAAAAUGUGAUAUUGUGGACUCCCUCAGUGCGUUGCCCAAAACUCAGCAUGAUCUCAGCUCCUUCCUGGUGGACAUGUGGUGCCAGACGGAAUGGAUGCUCUGCUUUUCUGUCAACGGGGUGUUCAAGGAAGUGGAAGGACAGUCUCAGGGUUCUGUUCUCGCCUUCACCCGGACCUUCAUUGCUACCCCUGGCAGCAGUUCCAGUCUGUGCAUCGUGAAUGACAAGCUCUUUGUGCGGGAUACCAGCCACCAAGGGACCCAGAGUGCCUUGUUCACCCUAGUGCCCACAGCCUUCUCCAGCUCCGUGACUGCCUUCUCCCAGGAGCAGCAGAAAAUGCUGCCUUCAUAACAACCUGUGUGACUACGUCAGAGCUCCUCAUGUUCUUGCACAGCCCAAGAUGUAUUUCCCUGUGACUGAACCAGGAGAUCUGGCUGGGGCUAAGAAGCCGAAACCCAACUCACAGGGCUGACUCUCAUCCUUCCAAAGGGGCCAGUUGUUCUGUGCACUUGUCCACCCCUGUUACCCCCAGGAUCUCUGUUUCUUUUCACAAUAAAGAAUGAUGUCUUGUUAUGUCAAA